AUGUACUUCUUCUUUAUAUUGUUGUUGUACGGUGCGACAGCUCUCGACUACCCGGAGCCCACUCGAGAUUUCCUGGCUCUAAACAAAGAGCACUUCAUUAGAGUGUCACCGUACUCGGAUGUCGCAUUCUACGUCAUCAAGUUGCCAAAAGCGAAUCAACCCCUGUUCAUGUAUAUUACACCAUGUAGCUCGUCGGUACAUUGGCAGCUUAGGAUUCCGAAUCAGUUUAGUGAGUCAAAAGGAAUUUAUAUAUGGUUUAAAAAGAUCUUUGAACUUAAAAAUUAAGGUUUUAGAGUCAAAAAGUAGAGAAAAACAGGUUUCAAACAAUCGUGUUGGGACCCAAAACCUAAAAUUUUUUCGCAAAAAUUUUUUAAAAAAUUAUUUUAUCUUAUUGUAGUGUAUUUAAAAACUGAUUUUAUAAAUGCUCAGAUUGCUUUUAUACCUAAUUUAACCUAAAAUGUGUUCUAUUAUGGGUCCCACCGCAAAAACAUGAUUUUAAAAAAACCGGGCCAAAACCUUUUAAAAACACUUUCUGACUUAAAAAUACUUACCUUAAAACAAUUUUUAGUAAUGAGCCCAUACCUACCUUCCCACUCCCAGCACUUUGAUCACAUAUUACACAUGCGAAUACCUCCGUUAAUCGAAUACCACAGUGAUAUGCAACUUCACGACCACCUCAUUUUGUUAGCUGGUGAAGAGAACGAUAAACGAAUGCACUUUUAUGCAAACGCAAUUGAAGCCGAUUAUGUUGUGUUAAAUAUGACGGCCGAACGGUUUACCGCGGUACAGCUGUUUGUGAGUACGGAUCAAGAUACGAUGGAUCGGUUUUACCCAAACUUGGAAAAAAACAACAAGUUUGAGGUAAAAGUAGAAGAUGCUGGACACAUUAAAGAAGCUGUAGAGGAUAGUUACCGUAAAUAUGAUAGUAGGGAUAGCAAGUUAUUCGGUGAUAUUGACAAAGAAAUUCAAGAAAAUGACGGUUUUGGUCAGAAUGAGGCAGCAAAAACGGUUGAUAUUGACAAAACAAGCCAAAAUAAAGCAGAAAAUCAUAAUGAAGUACCAAGAAGAUACCCGAAAGUAGCUUUAGAAGAUGACAACUUGGGAUUAUUGUUGCCAAAUAUUGUAAAAAAUAAGGAAAAACCAAUAAAAACGCGGCAAAAGUUGCCUCCAAAACAUCAAAAAUCGCUUCAAAAACGGUCGAAAAUGCCAAAACCCAGUCAAAAUUUGAUGUCACAGAAUGGGCAAGAAUCAGAGAGUAAAGUUACAGUAACUUGGACACCCCCAGAUUAUGCUGUAAAAUCUCCAGAUGCUUUCAAAUAUUGUUUGUUGGUCAACGACCAUCAAAAUGAAUAUGCAAUGUGCGAACACUUUAAUGUUGACAUUGAUUACAUUCAUUGUGUACAUGGUAAUGCGUCGGACAUGACGCUGAAAACAUUGGAGUAAGUUUUGGUUUACUUAAAAUUUGAGUUUGGAUAAAAAUUUUACUAAAAAAUAAGAUUGAAAGGCUAAACUAUCAAUAUAUACCUUAUGUAUAAGAUAAGAUGAUUUCAGGCCAAACAAGAAACACUACCUAACGCUUUUCUUGAUUAAUCAAAGAACAAAAGGAAAAACAGCUUAUAUGACUCAAGAGAUUACUAUUAAAGGCAAAGUCAAAAAAGAAACUCCUUUAUUAGGACAAGAAGCACUGGUAAGCACCUAUGACAAUAUAAUACUAUGUAAACAUUUUUUAAAUAACAAUCAAUUUUAUAUAAUUUAAAAUAAAAUUUCUUUUAGGAUAUGACCCUAUUUGACUCAGCCUUGUCAUCACACACUCUACCACUACCCAAAGGGUCGUAUGUUAACCAUACCUAUAUACCUAACAAGUCAUCGGAUUCAAAUGAGGUAAGUUGAAAAAAUCAUUGCUUUUACUGUACAAAAAUACAAAAGCUAAUGUUAAAAAUACUAUUUAAGAUCUAUUUUUAUUUUUAUGUCUUCGUUUUUAGAUAGUUCUACUAAUAAACUCAUGUAAUGGGUACAUUUACACUGAAGUGCUAAGAAACGACUCUUUAAUAUACAAAUCUGCCAGUUUUAUUGGAUUUAAACGGUAAGAAGGAUAUGAAAAUUACUCUACAAGACUUUUUGCCUUACAUUUUAAAGUUUUUUAUAUUCAACGAAAUGUCACGGAAAUUAUUGGAAAAAUGAACGAAGUGUCACAAAGUUAUUGAAAUGCGGAAAACGUUAUUUUUAAUGGAACUGCUUUUAAAUAACACAAAAUAAACUUUUUAGUAGUUUUCAGCAACGAUUGACUUGUUUUUUUAAACUAGAACGAAAUGUCACAAAAGUUAUUGGAAAUCUUAAAAUCUUAUUUUCACUUUUUUUAGAUUUGUGAUCAAAACCAAUAAUACAGACGUGUUAAAAAUUAAUGUAAUAAACGACGACAAUGUGCAAAUACGAUAUUGGAUAUGGGUUUCGUAUAAUGAAGACAAUUCGCCAUUUCCAUCAUUACCUUUCGACCGAAGCAUUCGACUGGUCGAAAGGCAGUGCAUUUCGGUCAAACUGGAAUGGCUAAGGGCUAAUGAUGAUGAAAACACACGGUAUUGUGUUCAUAUCAAGGUUGGUUGUAAAUGGCAUUGUUUUGAAUUUUUUAAUUCUAAAAGUUGGUUUAAAUUCUUAAAAAAUAGGUAAAAUUUAGAAAAAUGUCGAGUUUGAUUUGUUUAAAAAUUCCUUUUUAUUUAGAUUUUGACUUUUUUAGAAAACUGAAAAUUCUCUAUUAUUUAAAUUAAGAAAAUCUAAAAUUGAUCAACUGUAAACAAAGUUAUUGCAUUUUUAUGAAAGCCACUUAAAAUUCCUGAAAAUGGUCAAAAAUUAUUUAAAAAACUCAUUUUUAAAAAUUUUUAAAUAGUUUAGAAACAUUUUUUAACUUUUCUAACCCUGCAAAGCCUGGUCUAUCAUAUAAAAAAGAAAAAUCAAAAUUUGACCAACUGUAAACAAAGUUAUUGCACUUUUUAGGAGAGCCGUAACGACUACCUGACAGAUAUUAUAAACGAGCCGUCUCAAAUGUGUUGGUCCCAAAUGCCAGCCGGUCGAAAAGUGCUGUGUGUGACACCAAAAGACGCAGAUUUAUCUGAUCUACAUACUCCUGGAUUUUUGGAUCUCCAAACUACAGUAGACUCGUUGAAGAGUGCUACUAUCUACAGGUUUGACUUGUCGGUUUUGAAAAUCGGUCAGCCUGACGCACAGCCUUUGCCGUAUCGGCCAAUCUUUGUGCGAACGUUGAAGGAUUGUUAG